CAGAUAUGUAUCAAAAACAGAACUGGAGGGAUGACGUGUAUGUAUGGGUCCUUCGGACUUCCGGGUGUGUAUAAACAGAUCGUGAACGGAGUCGCCUCGCCCAAAAGAUGUCUAAAGUAACGUUUAAAAUCACCCUGACGUCGGACCCCCGGCUGCCGUACAAAGUACUAAGUGUUCCAGAGAGCACACCAUUCACAGCAGUUUUGAAGUUUGCAGCUGAGGAGUUCAAAGUGCCAUCAGCAACCAGCGCAAUUAUAACAAAUGAUGGAAUAGGAAUCAACCCUGCCCAGACAGCAGGGAACGUGUUUCUUAAACACGGCUCAGAGCUUCGCAUCAUUCCCAGAGACAGAGUGGGAGGACAAGGAGACUGAUGCUGCUUUUCCUUGUUGACGGCAUAAUGACUCACCCAGCAGAAUUCACAUAACACUUGAGACCCAGGAAACACCCUGGCGUGUGUCAUAUUUAUUCUCUGGCCCACAACUGACAGUGACAGAGUAUAUAUAUUUAAACAGAUGAUGACAUGCACACACAACUGCAUGCACCCUGCUUCUUCAUUUUCAGUCAAGGUUUUUUGUUUUGUUUUGUUUUUUUCUGUAGUAUAGUAGUAUCAAACAAUUGGAGUGACAUCAAUAAUAAUAGAGAUACUGAGUAAUUCAUAUUCACAAAUACAGCAGCUGCAACCCAAGACUAGCUUAACAUCACAAACAGUUCUAGCUUUUGUAUCUUUGUAAAUGACAAUAAACAGUAUAACUCUCAAUGACACAUGCCUGUUUUGAAGUGUUUACUUUUGUCUUAAUUAGCAUUGUGAAUAUGGUCAUGUUUUUUAAAAUGUGAUACAUGCUUUUAAGGACCAUUAUUGUUUUAUUAAGUGGCUAUAGAUGCAGGUAAAUUGUCUGUUCAUAUUAAAUACUCUUUUUUUUAUGUCAGGCACCUGUUGUCAGACAAGUAUUCGUCAUACAUGAUAACUGAACUAUGGAUCUGUACUGAACUUGUAUCAUGGACCAGCUUCCAUAACUAGAGGAACAUACUGUACCUACAGAUAAGAAUGUUUUGGAUAACGUGAUGAAACGUGAUUGUUCAUGUGUCAAACUGUGCAGGCACAUGGAUCUUUGCUGCCCUCUGUCAGGUUGUAUUUUAAUGUCAGUUUGUGCUCACCCAAAUUCCUUGCAUCUGUAUUCUAAACCAUGUAUUACUACCCAUCUGAAGACAAUAAAUAUAAAAAAAAGAUUA